ACACUGGAAGAAAAUGGCUGCUGCUCCGACUUUUUUUCAAUGAAGACACUGAUAUUUCAAUUUCAUUUCGUUUUCUUGCAUUGGAGCUACAGUCGCCCGCUAUGCAACCUAGAAGGCAAGUCCAUCCUGCUCGUUGAGAUUGACGUCGCUGUGUCGGUUUGUGUCUCAGACGACGUAACAUCAUUAGCGUAGCUGGUAACUUACAGCUUGCCCACUAGGAACGGGCUAGCAUGCUAACGUUAGCCAUGUUAGCCUCAACGGUCAGGCAUCGACGAGCUUGUUGCUAUUCAGCCACUCUGUUGACUGGGCUCACAGUCGUCAGAGUUUACUAACCCGAGCUACGCAGUUUUAUCGACCCUGAGACAUACUGGGCGUUUAUUUACUUUGCUGGAGCAUUUAAAGGUGUGAAUGGUCACUUUAGGAAGGUGACAGUGUGGGGUAGAAAGGACAGCAUCGUCUACCGUCACUCGCCUUGCAGCUGGCGGUGGACCACAAUGCAACAAGUUUUGGAAUAUGCAUUGGAUCGAGCCGAGUACGUUGUUGAAAGUGCUCGACAACGACCAGCCAAAAGAAGAGUUUCAUCCAGCGGGAGGAAGAGUUUGUAUCAGAAGCUCUAUGAGCUGUACAUAGAGGAAUGUGAGAAAGAGCCAGAGUUAAAGAAUUUGAGGAGAAAUGUGAAUCUACUGGAGAAGCUGGUGUCUCAGGAGUCCAUAUCAUGUCUGGUGGUCAACUUGUACCCUGGGAAUGAAGGCUAUUCUCUAAUGCUCAGGGGCAAAAAUGGAUCUGAUUCUGAAACCAUCCGUCUGCCAUAUGAAGAAGGAGAACUCCUGGAGUACCUAGAUGCUGAGGAGCUGCCGCCUAUUCUGGUGGAUCUGUUGGAGAAAUCGCAGGUGAAUAUCUUCCACUGUGGCUGUGUAAUAGUAGAGGUGAGAGACUACAGGCAGUCUGGUAAUACCAAGAUGCCCACCUAUCAGAGCAGACACAUCCUGCUGCGGCCAACCAUGCAGACUCUAAUCUGUGACGUUCAUGCCAUGACCAGUGACCACCACAAGUGGACACAGGAUGACAAACUACAGCUGGAGAGUCAGCUGAUUUUGGCCACAGCUGAACCUCUGUGCCUGGACCCUUCCAUUUCUGUCACCUGCACAGCCAACCGCCUGCUCUACAACAAACAGAAAAUGAACACUCGCUCCAUGAAACGGUGUUUCAAGAGGCACUCUCGAGCUGCACUGAACAGGCAGCAGGAGCUUUCCCAUCUGCCCAUGCCGCCGCAGCUACGACUCUACGACUACCUGCAGAGGAGGAAGGAGAGGAAGCCUGCUCCUGUCAUCGACCUGAAGAUCUCAAAGAUUGGAAACUGUGUUGACAUGUGGAAGCAGAGCAACUGCCAACUAACUGUACCGAAGGAAAUUGAUGUGGAAAAGUAUGCUGUGGUCGAGAAAUCGCUGCAGUUGGAAGACUCUCAGCCCACUACUGUGAUCUGGCCCGCUGAGGAAGUUGUAGAUGACUACACGUUUGAGUGUGAGGUUGGGGGCCAACCCCAGAGGACCAAGGUGUCUAUCUUCCAGUCGAUGGGAGACCCGCUGGUGUAUGGGAAGAUCUACUGUGCUAAAGAACCAAAAGCAGAGGAGGACAGCACGGACCUAAAGCUCAUACAUCCCCCCUUCCUCAUAGGCUCAAAGAUAGAUGCAGACCGGUUUCUUACUCAGUACAAAGGAGUGUAUGAAAGAGAUGUAAAGUGUCAGGUCAAGAUGUCCCAUAACUCAGGCAACGUGGGACAGGGGCCUCCCUCCCCCAGCAAAGAUGAGGGUGAUGGUAUUUCUCCACUUGUCCAGACGUCUGUUUUGGGAAAAGGGGUGAAGCACCGACCCCCUCCCAUCAAACUGCCUUCAGGAUCAGGCAGCAGCUCCUCAGGUAAUCCAUAUAGUUCACAAACCACCAGUGGUCUACUCAAGUGUCCUACACCCCCUCCAGCCAAAAGCCAGUCUCUGAACAGGAAGCACUCCAUGGAGCUGAGCCAGGUGGGCCUGCUGUCGCCCGCCUCCCUCUCCCCCAUGGGCUCCACACAGAGAUCGGGAACCCCCAAGCCAUCCACCCCCACACCCACCAACACGCCAUGCUCGACCCCGCACCCCACCGAUGCCCUCUCUGCGCCUCUCUCGGUGACCCCUACCCCUUCGGACCCUCCCAUGGUUCAGAGCCAGUCGCAGCCCGCCCUCCUCACACCCUUCGCCCAGCAGCAACUGGCUCUAAGCCAGCCGCUGCCUGUCAUGACCAUUCCCCUGCCCACCAUGGGUACGUCCAUCACCACGGGAACCACCUCGUCGCAGGUCAUGGCCAAUCCAGCAGGGCUCAAUUUCAUCAACGUGGUCAGCUCUGUCUGCAGUCCUCAGACCUUGAUGAGUGGCUCCAACCCCAUGCUCGGUCCAGGCCUUAACCUGAGUGGAAUCUUGCCACCUGGAGGGCUGAUGCCUACCAUGCAGUCAGCAGCACAGACUGGGAGUCCUUUUGGCCUGAACAGCAGUGCUGGGUUGAGACCACUGAACCUACUGCAGAUCCCCACUGGUCCUCUCAUCUUUAACUCUCUGCAGCAGCAGCAACUGUCUCAGUUCUCCCCACAGCAGAGUCAGUCGGCCACCUCCAGCCCUCAACAGCAGGGGGAGACGGGUGACCAGGGGUCGGAUCAAAGUUUAGGAAACCAGCAAACAGCGGUCAUCAACCUGGGAGUCGGAGGCUUCAUGUCUCCACAGGCAGCAGUGCUGUCCCAGUUGGGCUGUGGGCUGGACGGGUCUGGGCCCCCGCUGCCUUCUCCAAGGCUUCAGCAGCAGCACCAGCCACAGAUCCAAUUGCAAUUCUUGCAGCACCAAAUGCAGCAGCAGCAAAUGGCUAUGGGAGCAGCAGCUCCACAGGGGGGAGCGCCACGGCAACAUACCGCCAGCCAACCAAGAAGUAAGAGGAAGAGGAGCAUGCCACAGCCCCUCCCUAAGUCAUGACAGACUAAA